GCCACGAGCUCAACCCAAUCACCAGCUGACACUCUCCCCCCCGCCUCCUUUCUCCCCCAAGAACUCUCCCCCUGGCUGGAGAUCCGCCUCUUUUCCAGUGCUCACAAAGAGGAGCUCGCCUGCUCGGAAAUUGACAAUCAUCCGAGCAAUUACCGAGGGAGAUCGCCUUCUUUUUCUCCAGCCGACUAGCAGGAGAUCGGCGACAGGAGCGGGCUGCUGAGCUACCCUGACCCGAGCUGAUGAUGAGGGACGCGUGGAUGGAAGUGAUGCCGGCGACGGACCACUACGCGUCCACCCGGGGCGGGUGGUUCAUGCCGGCGCGGGCCUGGACGGCGGACGAGAACAAGCAGUUCGAGCAGGCGCUGGCCGGUCUGGACCUGGGCUCCCCGGACUGGGAGAGGGUGGCGCGCGAAACGGGGAAGACGGUCGGCGAGGUCGUCACCCACUUCAAGGACCUCGAGGUCGACGUCCUCCAGAUCGAGUCCGGCAUGAUGCCCUUCCCAGUCUACGCCGCCGGCGGCGCCGCGGCUGCGGCCGCCGCCUUUACCCUGCAGUGGGACGGCGGCCAUGGGGGAGCGGCCGGCGACUUCCGGCACGGGUACCGGUUCGGCGCCGGCUGCGGCGGCGGGAAGCGGCACGGCGGCCGCACGGCGGAGCAGGAGCGCAAGAAGGGCGUGCCGUGGACCGAGGAGGAGCACAAGUUGUUCCUGCUAGGCCUGAAGAAGUACGGCAAAGGGGAUUGGAGGAACAUUUCUCGCAACUUCGUGCAAACCAGGACGCCGACGCAGGUUGCCAGCCACGCGCAGAAGUACUUCAUCAGGCUCAGCUCGGGGGGCGGCAAGGACAAGAGAAGGUCCAGCAUCCAUGACAUUACCACGGUGCACCUCACCGACGACCGGCCCCCCUCGCCGCCAUCAUCCUUGAUCAACCAGUCCAGCACCACACCGGCUCCAACCUCCGCAGCACCAGGGCAGUUCUCUCUGCCGGCUGGCGACACCAAGCAGCAGCAGCACAGCGGACCCUUCAGUUCACCAGGACGGACGCUCGGGAUGCCGAAUUACGCCAUGGGUUUGCAAGAUCAAGCUCUGCAGUGUGGCCCUCUCCAUGAUCAGCUGGCCGCGAACAGGAGUAUGCUGUACUAGGUGCGAUCGGCCGAUCACCACUCCACGGGUCAGAUGUCUAGUGUAAUAUGGCAUUGCUGUAGCUUCUUCUUCACUACCUGUAUUAUUAUUGAAGUAAUUAAUUAUGUGGAAUUUUCGAAACAUAGCAGAGAGAGGUAUGCUGGUGAUGAUGCUUGCCACUAGUCCAUAAUUGUUGGUGUUCAUACUCACAGAGAAUGUAAGGAAAAGGAUGUCAAGAACUUGAUGCUGUAGUAAUUUCAGACACUGAGUGCCAGUGCUCAAUACUGAUCCUGUACAUUAUCAA